AUAACUAUAUUCUUGAAAAUCAUCAAAACUGUGGCUUUAAAAGUGAAGAGAUCCGAGACAGUUAGAAAUGUUAAAGCAUUGGUAUGUGACAAGGAAAGCAUAUCAGAAACUCUUCAGGAGCUAUUUUUCACAGGUGAAUGGCUGAAGGAUGACCAAAAGCUAGCUAAUUAUGGCAUUCAGGACAACUCCAUUAUCCACCUUUUUGUCCAAAAUUCAUUUGCAUUGCCGCUAUUUGUCAACAUACCGUCAAAGCAGAAAACCAUUGAGGUCGAAGCAAAGACUCGUGAUACCAUUCAGAACUUAAAAUUCCUUAUUCAGGCUAAAGAGGGGAUCCACUUGGAUCAGUACAGCCUUAUUUAUGAUGAAAUGCCAGCUGGAAAGAUCCUGAAACUUGAAGUUAAGGUCUUGUACACUGUUCAUGAUGUCAAAGCAAUAGUUGGAAGCAUGGUUGGCUUCUCGGUCAGUGAUCAGAGUCUAGUAUAUGCAGGAAACCUACUUGAGGAUUCAAAAACCUUAGCUUGUUAUGAUAUCAAAGAAGAAGCUAUCUUAAAAAUGGUGCCUUCCACAAUUCAGAUAUUUGUCAAGAGAUGGAAUGGGGUAACCAUGACGCUUGAUGUGUACCAACAGGACACUGUCCAAGAUGUGAAGAAUAAGAUUUUUCAUAAAGUAGGCUUGCCCGUGAAUGUCCUGAGUCUUGUGUAUGCUGGAAAAUUACUAGAUAAUGGGCGAGAUUUGGCUAGUUACGGCAUCCAGAAGCACUCCACACUCCACCAACUGUACUGUCCAUCUGCUUUACUGCGCCAUAUGAAAUUCUCUGAAAUUACGGAGUUUUUUCCAAGUUUACCAGAUUCCACAACCAUUUGUAAUCUAAAGGUUUUGAUUGCAACUGUACUGAAAAGCCCGGUAAAAGAAGUAUUCCUCUGUGGGAAGGCACUCCAAGAUCACUUUUGUUUGGUGGAUUAUGAUAUUCGGAAGAGCACAGUAUUGGUUGUUGCUUUACAAGAGCGAUGAGACGUGUUCUAAUAUCGUCCUCUUUGGCAAAACUACCUGGAUGCAAGGUCUCUAAAGGUUUGUGAUCAGGUAUCUGCCCCCAUCUGCUUUUAGUAAAAUCUUGUUGUGGACAUAUUAAAAACAGUUAGUACCAUAGGUGUUGAGAAAGAAGAAAAAUCAACUUAUGUACUGUUUACUUUGUUGUUUGCGUGGCCCAUAUCUGUACUGCUACUUUUGCUUGCUGUUGCUAUCUUUUGUUUUUCCUUGGGUUUGUAGGUCAAUAUUGCUCCUUUUCUAAAUGCAUGUCUGCAUAGUAAUACAUGUUCUUUUUUCUCAAUUUUAUCCUUCAACUUUUAACAUUGAUUUAAUCCAUCUCAUUAAUUGACGGUAUAUGCAGCAUAUGUACACACAAACAUCAAAU